AUGGGUCAACUGCGUGGGAAAUGGCUGCAUUGGGCUGUGACUGCUGCAAGCUGCCAGGCCUUCCUUCUUCUUGGCUAUGACCAGGGCGUUAUGAGCGGAUUAGUCGGAGCAGAUAACCAGUUCGGAAAGCAAUUCGGUCACCCAGACGAGAACAUGCAAGGAAUUUUGACAUCCAUCUAUGAUAUUGGCUGUGCAGUCGGCUGCCUUCUGGCUUUUGUGGUGGGCCACAAGAUCGGUCGGAAGAAGAUGAUCAUGGCAGGCGGAGCUAUCAUGGUCAUCGGGACAAUAAUACUUGGGUCCUCAUACGGCAGAGCACAAUUCCUGGUUGGGAGAAUCGUGACUGGGUUCGGUAACGGCAUCAACAGCAGUACCGUUCCCACAUAUCAGAGUGAGAUGGCCCGACCCGAGCGUCGUGGUAGACUUCUCUCGGCACAGGGCACAGUGACCAUCGUCGGCCUUUGCAUCGCAUACUGGUUGGAUUAUGGGUUGAGCUUCGUCGACUCGCCAGUACAGUGGCGUUUCCCCAUUAGCUUCCAGGCCUUCUUCGCUGUGUGUCUCGUAUUACAGAUGACUGCACUACCAGACACGCCUCGCUGGCUCUGCGAACAAGAUCGCAGUGACGAGGCAGCUUCCGUCCUAGCUCGUCUUCAACUUGAGCAGCCCGCCGAUGAAUCAACUCCUGAAGUCGUUCUGCUGCGUCGGCAGAUUGAAACUGCCAUCGGAAUCGAAUCUGCUGGCGGGCCAUUCAAAUACAGAGAGCUUCUACAGGGUGGCAAGAUGCAGAAUUUGCGACGCAUGAUCCUUGCAGGUCUAGUGAACGUUCAGCAACAGUUCACGGGAUCCAAUAUGAUCAACUACUAUGCACCCAGUGUCUACCAGAACGCCAUGAAGUUGUCUCGUAACCUGUCCCUGAUUCUGGGAGGAUGCACUUCGCUUGUUUAUCUGGUAGGAUCGAUAAUUCCUCUCUGGAGCAUGGAUCGGUUGGGUCGCCGAACAUCUCUCAUGAUCUCCGCUGCUGGGCUCUGUGUGUGCUUUGUAAUGGCAGCCGCCCUCUUAUCCGUGGGUACUAAGCCAUGUGCAUACGCUGCAACCGUUUUCGUAUUUAUCUUCCAGCUGUUCUUGGGCAUUGGAUAUCUACCUGUGCCAUGGUUUUACCCAAGCGAAAUCACAACUACCCGUAUUCGUGCUCGAGGUCAGGCUUUUGCUGGCUUUGUCAACUGGAUGUGUGUCUUCAUCGUUGUCCAAAUUACGCCAACGGCAAUUCACAACAUCGAGUGGAGAACCUUCAUUAUUUUUGCUUGCUUUUGUUUUGCAUGGAUUCCCAUGAUAUAUUUCUUCUUCCCGGAGACAAAAGGACUCGAAUUGGAAGAUGUCGACCAUCUUUUCGAGAACGGUGGCAUCACCGGUGGUGUCUUCGAGUCUAGAGGUCACCCGGUCCAACCUGGCCACCACCGCACUCUCAACACUGACCGGAUUGAGAAGCCGAUCGGCGUCGAGAUUGAAAAUAUCGGUGGGGCGGAAACUCAUGUCUAG